AUGGAUAAUAUUGUUUCAUUUAACAGCAAUACUUCAAAUUCUAAAUAACCUAAUAGAAAGAAGCCAAGUAUAAUUGAGGAAAAAGAGAGCAAUGAGCCGAGAAGCCUAAUUAAAUUCAAAUAAUAUGAUUAAUCUGUUGCUGAAUCAGAAAUAGUCCCAAUAUAAAUUCCUGAAAUUUUACUGGAAAAGACUCCACAAAACAAGAAGAUAUUUACAAAGCAAUAGUUCCAUUUCCCAAGAGUGAUCUAGGGUCAAAGGUUGAAUAUUUGUGGAAUAAAGCAAUUCAAGAGUAAUCAUGUUGAAUUGGCUAAAAAUAUUAUAACUACGUAUCUGGAGGAUCGAACAAUGUAUUGUGGACAAUAUUUACAAAGAAAUAUACCUGGUAAUGGAGCCAUAAGCAAAGAAAGACUCCUUUUAGAUGUGGGGGAGCGGAAAUAAGGGAAGAAGAGUGGAAAUGGAGUUGAAUAUUAUACAAACAGAACUAAUGAUAAGAUAUAAGAAAAAUAAUAUUGGAAAAUUUAUAAUGGCACAUUUGAAAUGAUAAAAUUCAUAGAAAGGUCUAUUGGAAUAAAUAUACGGUCCAUGUGUAUUCGGAGAAUUUGCAAAUGGACAGUUGCAAGGAUAAUUGACAUAUGA